UAUUCAUUGACAUUUACCAGUGAUUAAAAAAGAUGAAAAUAAACUUUAUUAUAGAAAUAGGAAACUUUAUAUUUUGUUUGUUUUGAUUAUUUAAUGGACUAAAUAAAUAUGUUAGAACAAGUAAAACAAGUAAUUUUAGUACUAUCUGGUAAGGGAGGUGUUGGAAAAUCUACAGUUAGCACUCAAUUGGCACUUACACUUAAAGAAAAAGGAUUUAAGGUGGGUUUGUUAGAUAUAGAUCUGUGUGGGCCAACCGUACCUUACAUUCUAAACUUAGAAGGUAAAAACAUUCAUCAAGGGCCAGAAGGAUGGAUCCCCGUCUACUUAGAUUCUGAACAAAGGCUAGGAGUUAUGUCUAUUGGGUUUCUGUUGAACUCCAGAAAUGAUGCUGUGGUCUGGAGAGGACCUAAAAAGUCCUCAAUGAUAAAGCAGUUUUUGGAAGAUGUAUGUUGGCAGGAUUUGGACUUUUUAGUUAUUGAUACACCUCCAGGAACAUCUGAUGAACACAUUACAGUGAUGGAAAAUCUUCGUCCAGUAAAGCAUUGCUCAGCAAUUCUUGUAACCACUCCGCAGGAGGUGGCUAUUGAAGAUGUUAGAAAAGAGAUUACAUUUUGUAGAAAAACUGGAAUACCCAUUAUGGGUAUUAUUGAGAAUAUGAGUGGUUACGAAUGCCCAACAUGCAGUCAUUGCACAAAUAUUUUUUCAAGUGGAGGGGGUCACUCCUUAGCUGAAUUAGCUAAACUUCCAUUCUUGGGUACAUUGCCAAUUGACCCCAGAGUGGGGAAAUUAGCUGGCCAGGGACUACCAGCAGUCAAAGAAAUACCAGAUUCAUCUACUAGCAAAGUUUUUGGAAACAUAGCUGAUAGUUUAGGGGGAUUGCUUAGUAAUGGCUUAUAUGUUUGAAGCUAAGUUUUAAGGUGAGCCUCCUGCCCGUUUGCCCCCUGUUCUAUAAAAAAAAAAGUUUUGUUUGCCAAUAUUGCAUACUGGAAGUUGUAUAUAUUAUGUCAGUAAUAUAAGAACAGUAAAUUUAAUAUAUCUUAAGAUUUUUAUUAUCUCUUAUUUUGUAUAAAUGUGAGAAAAUUUCAAACUUUUAGGCAAACCAAAAACUAUUGACUAGACCGAAUAAUGUAUAUUAUCAUUCCAAAAUUGUUAAAAAUAAACAUUGUUACAGCAA